AUGGGCACACCUACCAUUCAGGAGAUCAGUUACGCAUUUGUGCGUACAUAUUAUGAGAGGAUGAACAACAAUCCUUCCAAGAUGUCUAAUCUGUACUCGAACACCGCCGAGUUGACGCACAUAGGCUAUCAACAGAAGGUCGAUGAGAACUCCGAUGUUCUGGCCACAGUGAAGUUGACCGGUAAGGAGAAUAUCAGCAAGUUCUUUGUCAGAAAUGAGGCCAAGGUCAACGAUUUGAAAGUCAAGUUGGACAGUUGUGAUUUUCAGACCACGGGUGUCAAUCACAAGAGUAUAUUUAUUGUGGUCACUGGUGAACUGUUUUGGACUGGUACUCCCACUUAUAGAUUCUGUCAAAGUUUUAUUCUAACACCAACAUCGCCAAGCAGUGACUCAUAUGAUAUUACCAAUGAUAUCAUCAGAUUCUUGGGUGACAACUUCCAAUCCAUUAAGGCGGCCAGACAAAACAGUGGUCACAAGAAAGAAGAGAAUAAGUCUGUUGAGAAAUCAAAGGAGAGUCAGCCAGCCAAGGAGAAGAAGGUAGAAGAGAAGCCAAAGGAGGAGCCAAAGGAACAAGAAAAGAUAGCACCAGUAUCUCCCAAGGCGGCUAAGGAGGCACCAGCACCAGCACCAGCACCCACAUCAGCAUCAGAACCAAGUGUCCCUAAGCCAGUCACGCCGGUAUUGAAAAAGGAAACCACGCACCCUGUCACCAACAAUGUAACAAAGGAAGCUCAGACUCAGGCAUCACCAGAAAAGGAAGAAAUUGAUGCUACUAAGAAGGAAUCGGCUACAACCAAGGAAACUGUUAAAGAAAAUAAUAAGGCAGUCAAGGAGGUAACUGAGCCAAAGCCUGUGCAGGAAAACAACUCGGUGAGUUCCCGUCCUUCUAGUUCAUCUACCACACCAUCUCAAACUCCAAAUCAAGAGCAAUCGUCUGGACCAGUCAAAAUGACAUGGGCUAGUAAGCUAUCUCAAGAUACUGCGGUUAACACAAAGGCUGGGUUUGUUAAAAACGAGCCAAUUCAGACUGUCAAGAUUGAACCAAGCGAAGAACAAGAACCAUCUAGUUCAAAGAAGUCUAGCAAUGGCGACCGCAAGUUCGAGCUUGCUGGCAGAAGAGAGAAUAGUAGCAGUACUAAGACUAAGAAAAAGCCAAUCUUCUGUACUGUUAAUGAGGAUGGUUUUUUCCCAAUCUACAUCAGAGGAACUGCCGGUUUAAAAGAGGACAGAUUAAGGAACACCUUGGAGACCAAUUACGGACCAGUCAAAAAGAUUACCAUGGCGGAGAACUUCUCUGUGGUUGAUUUUGAGUUACAAAAGAGUCAAACCGAAGCCAUAGAGACUAAAAAGAUCACCAUUGAUGGUAUUGAGAUAUAUAUGGAGAGAAAGACCAUCAAGAAGAGUCCAACUUCCACGGCGUCUUCGUCAUCAUCAUCGCAGGGAUUCACCAAUGUCUCCAAAGUAUACAAGAAGCAUGCAGUAAAGAAGAAGGACUAA